AUGGCGCCCAAGUACAUACCAAACGACCUGCCGCUGCAGGCGCUGGGCCGCGAGCCCCUCCAGCUAAUGAAGUCGUCCCUGGCGCACAUUCUCAAGACGACGCCUCCUCAGCCCGCCUACCUCGAUCCGGCGCAACAUGGCGGCUUCAUUCGAGGGCCGACCAGCAUCGCCUACCUGUUCUUCCGCCUCGCUAACCUGUAUCCGGACGUCCAGGUGGCGGAUCACCAUCUGCUGCACUGGGCCAAGAGAUACCUGGAGGCAGAUCGCGGGGAACUGGCCCUCAGCACGAGGGUCGGGCUAAGUUGCGAAAAGCUGGCGUACGAGGCACUCAAGGCCUGCAUCAGCCAGGACGCAAACGAUGUACAAGUCUUCUUGUCCAACAUUCCAACAGUCGUCGGUCCCUAUGCGGAUGGAGAAAAGGAUCCUUUCGAAUCAGAGAUAUGGCAGGGGAGAGCUGGCACGCUCUACUUCAUGCGCCUGAUGCGUCAUCAACUCCCAGACUGUGCCGCCAUUCUCGAGGGCCCAAUUGCGCAGGUAGCCGAGAAGAUCCUGGCCGACAGUAUCGACGGAGACGAGGGCGGGUGGACGUUCCACAAGAAGAAGUACCUCGGUGCUGGCCAUGGUGACAUUGGCAUCGUGACGCAGCUCGCCCUCACGACCCCUGCCUUGGCCCCGAAGCUGGUGCCCAAACUUCGGGCGCUGCUCAGCCUCCAAAGAGACGGCAACUGGCCCAUAGCCAGGGAAAUCGACGAGUCCCGCCAUCCAAGUCUGGUACAGUGGUGCCACGGUGCCCCUGGGUUUCUAUAUUCCCUUCAUGCCAUGCGCCCUUGCUUUCCCGAGCUUCACGACGAAAUCGAUGCUGCGAUAGCUCGAGGGCAAGAAGCCAUCUGGAGGCAGGGGCAGCUCAGGAAGGAACCGAGUCUGUGUCACGGUAUCUUUGGAAACGCUCUAAAUCUACCACGUGGAUCGCGCAGAGAACAUUUCCUUUCUCUUGCGACAGUAGAAGCAGUGGAAAAGGCCAAGAGCGUCGACCCUGACGUGUUCUUGCCGGCGGACUAUGGACAUGGCAUGGCGCUUCUGUUCAACUAUUACUCAAGCGCGGCGUGGGCAUGGGCCGUCUGUGAGUUGGAGAAUCCACCAAUGAUUGCCUAUACGGAUGUGUGA